GUGACUUCUACCUUUGGAAAUACCUAUCACCAAUCAGACAAUGUUAUUGAAGGGCAUUUUGCUUUUGAGACAGCGGAAGCUGGGGAUUAUAUGACUUGCUUCUUUGCUGCUGAUCACAAGCCUCCUCUAACUCUUAAUAUUGAUUUUGACUGGAAGACUGGUGUAGCUGCUAAGGAUUGGACGAAUGUAGCCAAGAAAGGCUCUGUUGAAGUAAUGGAAUUUGAACUAAAGAGGAUGCUUGAAAACGUUCAAGCCAUCCACGAUGAGAUGUUUUUUCUUCGUGAAAGGGAAGCUGAAAUGCAGGAAUUGAACAGAUCUACCAACUCCAAAAUGGCUUGGAUGACUGGCUUGUCAAUCUUGUUAUGUUUAUCUGUGGCAGGAUUGCAGGUGUGGCAUUUGAAGACCUUUUUUGAAAAGAAAAAGCUUAUCUAAAGUUGUUCUAUGUUCUAAAUAGCUUAAUAAUGCAAACCAUGUAUGUGUAGAAUUUUCCAUAGAUUAUAGUCAGAAGGAAAGCACUGUUUUGAGUUAAAUUGUGAUAGAGAGAAUUUGGAUUACGCAUGCUCGGUUUUCUUUUUGGUGUAUUAUUACGCAUUCUGUUCUUUUUAUAUGACACGCUUCCCUUUUUAA